GUGGGUGUAAUUUAUAGCUGUUAUUUUAGUUACGCUUGGAGGGGAGGGGAGGGGAAGGCAGGGGAACCUAAGCACAGCUACUUCUGUGUAUGUGUGUGUUUUUUAACCUUAUAUUCCUCUUUAACAUAAUUUAAAUAUAUAUAUAUAUAUAUAUAUAAGGACACCACCCAUCCUCUUUCCCUACCCAUUUUACCCCCUGUGCAGGGUGGCAACUCUUACAAUCUAUUCCCCCCUCCCCCAAAGAUAUCAUUGCAAGGGAUUUUGUGUGUGUGUGUGUGUGUGUUGAUAUAAAGUGUGUAAUCCUGGAGCAAUUUCGGAUAAACUGAAAAAAAGCAUAAACUGCUCCGAUCUGAUCAUUUUUUUUCCCGGAGGCUGUCCUGCUUUCUCUUCUCUCGUUCUUGUGCCACGGAACUGUGACACAUGAUGGGUGGGAAGGAGAGGAAAGAUGCAGCAAUUUGGCAGCAAACAAAAGCCCUCAUGUACAGGAAUUUCCUCAUCAAACGGCGGAACAAAGAUCAGACCUUAGAGGAGUUGCUGCUGCCACUUUUGUUAGUUUUCGCUCUAGUUUGUUUGAGUAUUUUUGUACCACCACAAUGGUACGUGAAAACAUAUACAAGUGAGCCAGAGGUAUUGGAUGACUAUGCACCAAAAAUUCGCCACAAACUUGGAUAUACACCAGUGAACAUUCGUACAAAGAAGAUCAUGGAAGAAGUGAAAGAACUGAUGGAAGUAAUACUACAAGGCUUUGAUGAUGAGCAAGCUAUGGAACAGGUUUGCUGCUCCUAUGGUUCUGAGCCGUUUGUGGGAGUUUUCUUUACUGAUUCUUUAUCAUAUCAGCUUCGGUAUCCCUACAAUAAAGUUCCACGGACCACUGAAAAAAUUGACUACAUUGACGAGAAAGCAAGUUGUCGUUUGCUGACUGGCUCCUUGCAUCAAUUGGAGGAAUGCCCUGGGGCUAUGUACUUGCUGUCGGGAUUUGCAACAAUACAGAAAAAUAUUGACAUAGCCAUCAUAAAGACGCAAACUAACUAUUCAGUCUGGAAAGACAUGGAGUCUCUGCAAGUGCAGAUGAUGGGACUACCGAGUCAUGUCGGUGCAGACAUCUUUUCACAUCUGGUCACUUCGCUCUACUUUGUGAUUGCCUUUGUGCCCUUUGUCAAUUUCCUGCUGAUUAACCUUGUGAUCGAGAAGAAGGAGGUGAAAGAGGUGAUGAAGGUGAUGGGACUGUACGACUCGGCUUUCUGGCUUUCUUGGGGCUUACUGUAUCUGGUUUUGAUCUUCAUCCUAUCUUUGGUGAUGGCAAUUAUUGCAACUGAGACAUCUUUGUUUCCAAGAAGCAGCAUAAUCAUCAUCUUCCCAUUGCUGUUCCUUUUUGGCAUUUCCAUAAUUCCCUUCUCAUUCCUGUUGACUCCACUUUUUAAGAAUCAGAAGAUCGCAGGCUUGGUUGGAUCUCUAAUGUUGAUGGGCUUUGGAUUGUUUAGCCUUCCUACUGUGCUGGUUAGAGAUUUUCCGGUGUCUGCUGUAUGGGGCCUCUGUCUGUUCUCUCCGAGUGCCUUAGCGAUUGGAAUUGCCCAGGUUGUUCUGCUUGAAGCUACUGGUGAUGGUGCUCAGCCCUCAAACUUAUCGGCAAACCCCUACCCCCUAUACAUCCCUCUUAUCAUGCUGGUCCUGGACAGUCUCCUCUACCUGUUAAUUGCUGCAUACCUUGACCAGGUCCUUCCAGGUGAAUUUGGGCAACAUCAGCCUUUCUUCUACUUCCUGCGACCAUCGUACUGGUUUCACAGACGAAAACAUUACGAUCAGAUUGAUGCAGUUAGCGAAGGUGAGCCCAGUCACACGACUGGAUUCAGCAAAGUUGUGGAAGCAGUGCCUGCAGAAUUGAAGGGGAAAGAAGCAAUCAGAUUAAAUGGUGUUCGGAAGUUAUAUAAAGAAAAGGAGGAAAAGGUGGAAGCACUGAAAGGUUUGACAUUUGAUGUUUAUCAGGAUCAGAUCACAGCACUAUUGGGUCACAGCGGAACUGGAAAAACCACGUUAAUUAACAUUUUGUCAGGAUUAUGUCCAUUGUCAGAAGGAAGUGCAACAGUUUUUGGAUACAGAGUUUCAGAAUUAGAUGAAUUAGUUGAGAUCAGAAAGAUGAUUGGGGUUUGUCCACAGUUUGAUGUCCUCUUCUAUAGUCUCACAGUCAAGGAACAUUUAAAAAUCCUCGCAAUGAUUAAGGGAAUUCCAUCACAGGAAAUCAAUAAUGAGGUGCUGGGGGUCUUAAAGGAAUUGGAUUUGGAAGCUGUCAUGGAUGUCCGAGCAGAAAAGUUGAGUGGUGGGCAAAAGAGGAAGCUUUCACUGGGAAUGGCAAUUUUGGGCGAUCCUAAGGUUUUGCUCUUAGAUGAACCAACUGCUGGGAUGGAUCCAUGCUCUCGACAGCAAGUGUGGACCUUGCUAAAAAAGAGGAAAGCAGGACGGGUGAUACUACUGACCACUCACUUCAUGGAUGAGGCUGACAUUCUGGCAGAUCGUAAAGCUGUCAUCUCACAAGGGCAACUCAAGUGUGUGGGUUCCUCUCUGUUUUUGAAAGCAAAAUUCGGUGUUGGUUAUCAUCUCAGAAUGUCUGUGAAGGAGUCCUGUGAUUCUGACCAUGUAACGUCAUUAGUCAAGCGAUACAUACCUAACGCUCGCCUUUCACAGGUUCAUGAUCUAGAGCUGGCAUAUACCUUGCCCCUCGAGGACGUGAACAAAUUUGCAGAUUUGUUUGUCGAUUUGGAUCACCACAUGGAUCUGGGCAUUGACAGUUAUGGAGUUUCCAUGACUUCUUUGGAGGAGGUUUUCCUGAAGCUGGAAGCAGAGUCGGAAAUAGAUCAAACAGAUUACAGUGUCUUUACAAGGGAUCCUACCCCAGAUGGGAUAGCGAAUGAAGAAGACUUUGAUGCCUUUGAUUGCAUCGAUCACCAGCUCCUGACUUUUCCAGAAAAUAAUUCCUCAGUCCUGACUGGAACACCUCUCUGGUGGCAGCAGUUUCGAACCAUAGUCUGGCUGCGUUUUAUGAAUUUGAGUCGUGAGCGGAGUGCACUUCUUUGUAAUUUACAUUAUUGGAUAUUGAUAUCUAUGGUGGUAAUGACGGCUUUAUUGAACGGUACACUCAGCAGAAAGGAUGUUGCAGUGGAACUAUCCCCUGAAUUGAUUCUGCUUCACAGAGGAGCAAAGCAAGUGAAGUACACCACAAGCCUUCUCUUGAGAAACUCCACAGGCUCCAACAUCGAUAAGCUUAUCCAUGGUUUGGAAGCCCAGAAUGUGGAGGUGCAGCUGUUUGGUGACACUGAGUUAAUGGAUGUUGCUCCACACAAUGCGGCACUAAACGUGUCCCUGUCAGAGGAGCAGUAUUUGUUUACAGCAGUUUUCAACAGCACAGUGAUCCAUUCAUUGCCAGUGUUGCUAAACAUCAUCAGCAAUGCUCUCAUCAUCAGCAUUAAUGGAUCUGGAAGGAUUCGUGCCUGGAGCAAGCCAUUUCAUUUAACUGUCACAGAUGCUGACUUCAGGGAACAUGUUUAUAUGGCUUUGGCAGUAUUGGGAUUGCUCGCAGCUGCGCUGCCAGGAUGCUACACAAUGGAUAAUGCCAGGGAUCGUGAGAUUAAAUCUCGCUCUCAGCUCCGACUCUCUGGACUCUUUCCGUCUGCGUAUUGGUGUGGCUACGCGCUCGUGGAUAUCCCAGUGUAUUUCGUUAUAGUUGCAGUCAUGCUGGGCUGUGUGAUUGCAUUCAAUACAACGUCUUUGCUUCACGUAGGUGCUGGCAUUUCCAUGAUGCUGUGUCUGAUUGGCUGGGUCCCAGCGAUGAUGCUCUUCUCGUAUGCUUACUCCUUCAGGUUUGACCGAAUGCAAUCUUCUCGAGACUUUUUCUUGAUCUCUUCACUACUGAUCAAUAUUUUUUCCAUUGUUCUAAUACUUUUGAUCUGGCUAAUAUUGAAGGAAACAGCUGCCACCAUUGUGCACUGUAUUCUCUCACUCCUCAUUCCACCAUAUGUGUUCACAGGAUGCUUGUGUUACACAGCCAAGAUUUUUUUAGAUCACAUGGACGACCCCAUCUUAACAGUAGGAACAUAUCUGGAGUGGAGAAACAACAUCUUGAUAACAAUCAUCGCACCCUACAUACAAUGCGUAAUUCUGCUGUUUGUGCUACGGCAGCUAGAAAAGACCUAUGGAGGAAAGUCUAUCCGACCGGACAAGUACUGCAGAAUCCUACCCUCAAAGAGUAAAUUCAAGAUAAAUACAGAAGAACCCGAGAAUGAGGACGACGACGUCAAAAUAGAGAGGGCCAGAGUGAAAGAGGCAGUGACCUGUCAGAGCUGUGAGGAGAAGCCAGUUAUUGUGGUCAGUAGCUUACGUAAAGUCUACACAGGAAAGUCACGAAUGUGCAAGUGGUUUUCAAAGAAAAAAAAGAAAAAUACCGUGGCCACGAAAAAUGUCUCGUUUUGUGUGAGAAAAGGUGAGGUUCUGGGAUUACUUGGCCCAAAUGGUGCAGGGAAAAGCACGACCAUCUCUAUGAUUACAGGAGACUUGGAACCAUCAGCUGGUCAGGUGCUAAUGGGAGAUUACUCAUCUGAAUUCUCCCAGAAAAAAAGCCCCGUGGAGACCUUAGGAUAUUGUGCACAAGUAAACCCGCUGUGGCCUAAAAUUUCUGUAGAAGAACACUUGGAAAUAUAUGCUGCCAUCAAGGGUCUUUCCAAAGAGGAUGCAAAAGAUGCUAUUAAACGCAUUGUAAAAGCACUUGAAUUGAAGGAACAUCUUCAGAAACCAACAAAGAAGGUCUCCACAGGAAUAAAGAGGAAACUUUGUUUUGCAUUGUGCAUGCUGGGGAAUCCUCAUAUUGUGCUAAUGGAUGAACCAUCAACGGGAAUGGAUCCUAAAGCCAAACAGUUUAUGUGGAGAGCAAUCCGUGCUGCAUUUAAGGACCGACAGCGGGGUGCUAUCCUGACCACCCACUACAUGGAGGAAGCGGAGGCGCUGUGUGAUCGAGUCGCUAUCAUGGUGUCAGGACAGUUACGGUGCAUUGGAACGAUUCAACACCUGAAGAGUAAAUAUGGUGGUGGGUACACACUGGAAAUGAAACUGAAAGAUGAGGUGGCAGAAUUGCAAAGGAUAGCUGAGAUUCAUGAGAAAAUAAUGCAAAUCUUCCCCCAUGCUUCUCGUCAGGAAAGUUUUGCUGCCAUGUUGACGUACAAAAUUCCCAAAGAAGAUGUGAAGUCACUCUCAGAGGCGUUUUCCCAGCUGGAGGAAGCUAAACAUGAAUUUGUUAUAGAAGAAUACAGUUUCUCACAAUCAACACUGGAACAGGUUUUCAUGGAGUUUGCAAAAGAGCAAGAAAGUGGAGACGAAGACUAUAAAACCAUUGAUACGAGCUUCCGAUGGCAGCAGCUUCAGCAAAAUGACUUGGACCCAAUCCAUGCUGUUGUACUGCCUACAUAACAGGGAAACUUUAAAACAGCGACCUGUUGUCCUUUAUUAGAUCAGCAAUUUCAAUUGCCCGAGCUCUGCCAAUAAGUAAUAUGUCAACUGAGAAAACCUUGGAAUGGUUGAGAACUUGAGACCGAUGUUUAGAAUGGCCUUUUUCAGACAUUCCUAAGCUCGUGGCACAGACAAGCUGGAAAACUUGCAACCAAGAUGAACAUAGUUUACUCUUUUGGGGAAAAAAAUGUUUACUUGACUGUUUACCUGGGGUCAACUAGAAGUUACUGAAUUUUAAAAUUUCUUUAAAUGUAGUUGAGCAUUAAUAUCACACAGGUAUGAUACAAAUGGCAAUGAAUGUGCAUGUGUAUUGUGCCAGGGAUAUCUCCUUAAUGUGAUACAGCAAUAUAUCUUAAUAUGCAAAGCCCUGUCCUGAUAUUUGUAUGCUGUGGUGUAGGGUAGGCUCCAAAGGGUGCACUACAGAUGGGGCUCCAAUCUCUCCUCUGAUAUGCCAUCUAUCUCAGUUCCUGUGACCACCCCCCCUCCUCCCCCCAUACACAAACACACACAUUUUAAUACCAGGUCAAACUAAAAAUAAGUGUUGAUCUUUCCGCUUGGCUCAGGCUCCAGCAUCCAGCAUGAUAACAAACCAGAAUAAUUAUGAAAAAGAAAGUUGAAAGCCACUUUACAUUGAAAUCUCCCACUAUCUGAUAAAAUGGAGAGAUCCCCUUUUGGGUAAAUUAAGUCGAUAAUCACAGCUCCACUGUAGUUGCACGUUACCUAUUCUACGUGAAGACGCAGUACUAUUAGCCUGUGUCCCCCAUGACAUUGUUUGAGUUAACAUAGCUGAAGAAAUCUGAGAAGGUGAUCGAGCCCACAUGAUUAGCACUUCUCAUUUUUCUACAGAUGUACAUGCAGAUGGUCACAAAUCAGGAACUUAGUGCUGUUAAGUUAAAAUGUAUUGACUUCUGUCUGGAUCAGAAACCCUAAUAAAUUGAUGUGAUCGAGUACCCAUAUCUUUACAAAGGGAUUCAAUCUUCAUGGCAUAGGCAGGCAAAAGUUGAGCAAAUUAUCCACCCGGUUAUGGAGGAUGACCAAUAAUUGAGGUUCCACAUUAUGUGGACAAGAGUAGAUUGUUUCCAGACAAAUCAAAUUAAUCACACUCAAUAAUAUUGUGAUUACUGACAUAUUUAGGUUUAUUGCACUUGCAUGUACCGUAUCUUAUAAAAAAAUAACUUCCUUCAUAUAAUUUUUUUUAUUAUUGAGAGUUUAAAGAAGGCAUUAGUUAAACCUAGGCAUAAAUAUCCUAGACAUGCACAUUCACAUUUAAACAAAUCAACAAUGUAAAUUUACAAUUGCACUGGGUUUCUGUCUGCACUCUGCCUUUUAUAAUGUGCCCACUUUUUUCGAGUUUAUAUAUACAUUUUGAUGUUUAUAUAUAAUUAGUUCAGCCCAAACGUGCAAAGAAAAUGAGAUCUGAGGUUACGUUUAUUUUAAGUUUAAGGAUUCCCUACCAGUCCUGUGAAAAUUGGUUAUAACAUCAUGUUGCAAUUUUAAUCCCAUUAUCUGUCAGCCUCUUAGCUCUUGUGCAGUACACACUCAAACUUAAAAUCAGUAAUGGUUAGCAUCUUAUCGAUAUAUGGAACUUGCAGUGUCUUACAGGCAGUCUUCCUGUUUGUGUUAAUGUAAUAAAAAGAUGAUAGGAGUAAUGGAUUGGGGCAAUAGUAACUGCCAAUGCAGAUAUCUUAAUCUGAUUGCUUGUCAGAUUUAAAAACUGGCCUAAUAUUCUACAUCACAAAAAGCUGUGAUGCACAAUCAGUAAAUUCCAAUUCCUGAAUUGGGUACUGGCAAGAAACAAAACGUAUCCUGACUUAAUUUUAGCAUUGGAAAAUCACAUCCAAAUUCAGAAUUCUUAAACAAUACAGAUCAACUUCCAACAUGGCCAGACACAUGAAAAAGUAUUUACAGCCCUUAUGCACUGCAACGUUUACAUCUCCUUUGUUUGCAUAUAUUUUAAGCCUUUUUCUAAAUAAGUUCAGAACCCCAACUUUUGUGUGUUUUUAUUUAGUUUCAGCGUAUUGCGUUGAGUUAAUGAAUUUUCUAACUUGUUAUGCAAAUAGUUUAUUUCCAGCCUAUGGCUUAUGGUUAAGGCGUGGACAAUGCACUCAUGUGUGUGUAUGUGUGUUUUUAAAAAAGAAUAUGUUUAUUUAAGUGUCGGGAUUGUGUUUUCUAUAUUGCCUGAAAGAUUCCAAGAAUAAUUUCUUCCUUAACAUCUAAUGUACAACAACAUGUAGCACUGUAAAUGGAAAAUGAUAGACGAUGGAGGACCUAAUUUCUUCUGACAAAAUGGAAGCCACUUUUUGUGCAUUAAAAGAAUUGGAUCAGACCAGUUCCAAAUCUCAAAGCUGGUUCGUUGAGCACCUUGCACAGAUAAGACUGAUUAUCUGUAUUACGUGACCAGCAUCAAUCUGCUUAAGGGUGGAGUUUCCAUUUAUUCUGAUGCGCUUCAUAAUCUUGUUCAAUGUUUUUUGUUGCCUGCUUUCACAGAGUAAAAUGCUCAUGGUCGAUUCAAAACGUUCACAAACUUGUUGCAAGUGUUUUUUAUUUCAACAUAUAUAUUCUUGCAAAUUAAACACCUUUGCUUUUA